AAGUACGAGAAAGAGAGCGAGGGAGGAGGUAAAAAUGAGUGAGAGGAGGAGGGAAACGUGAAAAAUGUGAAGCGGUGAGAACAGAACUAAAACAUUAUUUAUUGUAAGAAAUUCACUGUGCUAAGACGAAACUAUUUAACUGUAAGGGAUUCGCAGUGACACUUCAAGUGAGACAGCAUGAAGCAUUUUCUGCUUCUCUAUGUGACCAUAGUAUGCCUACUUUCGCCUGUGUUUGCAACAUUAUCACAGAGUGACAAGAAGAAGAAGAAGCCAAAAGAAGUAAAACCUAAACUCUCUGAUAAAACAGUCAUACAACGAGGUCUUGUCACUGAACAGGUGAAAGCGAAAGACAUAAUCAAAGAACAUGGUAUUUAUUGCGACACAAGACGUGAAGUGAAGAAUUUCCGUGGAGAAACUUUGGCCUACGUUACACCAUGGAAUUCACAUGGUUAUGACUUAGCAAGACAAUUUGGCAACAAGUUUACUUACGUUUCUCCAGUCUGGUUACAAGUGAAGAGAAGACCAAGUGGUGCUUACGUUGUACAAGGAGAACAUGACAUUGAUAGAAAUUGGAUUGAAGAGGUCACAAAAGGUCGUAAUACUAAAAUCUUUCCUCGAAUGUUGUUUGAUGGUUGGACUGGGGAAGAUUAUCUUCACUUAUUCUCCAGUGAAGAUGAAAUUGAAGAUUGUGUUGAAACUAUUUUAAAGUUUAUUAAGAAUCAAAAUUUUCAUGGAAUAGUCUUGGAGAUUUGGUCUCAACUUGGUGGACACCGUAAAACGGAUUUGAUUCAUUUUUUGACCCAUAUGGGACAGAUGUUCCGUGAAGCUGGUCGUGUUCUUAUUCUUGUUAUACCGCCAUCUUCUGAAUCGGGAACCGAAGGCAUGUUCAACAAGAAGGACUUUGAUGCUCUUUCACCUCACAUAGAUCAAUUCAGUUUGAUGACAUAUGACUAUUCAAAUUCAUAUAAACCUGGUCCAAACAGCCCUCUUGCUUGGAUGAAAAUGUGUGUUGAGAAUUUGGUACCGUUAUUAAAUACAACAUUAAGAAAGAAAAUCUUACUUGGAUUCAAUUUCUAUGGUUAUGAUUUUGUUCCUGGAUCCGGAGACCCAAUUAUUGGAAACAAAUAUAUUGAAAUCUUAAAAAAACAUAAACCUGAAAUGAAAUGGGAUAAAAACAGUUUUGAACAUACAAUACAAUACAAGACUGGAAUUGGUCAACAUAUUGUCUACUAUCCAACAUUGAUGUCAAUACAAGCCCGGCUGGAACUAGCAGAAUAUUUACAUACAGGCAUUUCUAUCUGGGAGAUUGGACAAGGGUUGGAUUAUUUUUACGAUCUGCUGUAACUGCUCUGUCAUUCCUGCUGUUAAAUAUUGAACUUUGAAUGUAAAAUUCCAAUUAUGAAAUACUUAAAAUGUUAAAAAAAACUUAAAAACUCAACUGAAAUAUUGUUAUAAACUGAACGUGUUUCACUUGAUUCCAAUAAUACCAGACAUUUGGUCUGCACUGAUCUCACAGAAAUAAAUCUAAAUAAGAAAAAAAAACACAGAAAGGAAAAUUCUUUUUAAAAAAGGCUGAAGAUUUCAACAUAUACAGAUUUUUUUUCUUUUGUUACAAAUGUCUUCGGAAGAAAACGAAUUAAAAUUAUUGGUUAAAAAAAAAAAAGAGAAUGAAAGGAAGCUAGAUUUAGUCAAAUUUUAUUGAAGAAAGUGAAAAGAAUUAGCUGUAAUUGUUUUUACUUCCACAUUUUUUUCCAUCCAUUCCACUGUCUUUUUCAAAUCCAAAAGUUUCACAGGGUUUGAAUUAAAAAAAGAUUAUAUAUAUAAUAUAUAAAUAUAUUUACUUUCAAAGAAAAUUAUUUCUGAAUGAUCUUUUAUUUUCUUUUUCACUAUUUGUGACAUUCCUUUCUAGAAAGAUGCCUAAAGAUAAGCUCUAUAGACAUCAAAAAUUGUUCUAAUUGGAACAAUCAUUUUUUUUUUAAGAAAUGUGAUAUCAAGACAAUUACUGUUUUUUUUUUAAAUUUAUUUUUUGGCCACCCUUGUCCAAAGAAACUCUCUAUAUAUGCACCAAGUUAACUUCGUAUAAAACUAUUUGUCAAUCAGUAUUAAAGUUUUUUUUUU